GGCAGCACCGUUGCCAGACACAGUCGAUUUGACGAUACCUCGACGACAGAUCCCCAAUUCGCCCUUGACAACCGACGAAAACACCUUCUUUGUACACUACCACCCCCAAAAAACAUCCACCAUGGCCGACCCCCGCGUUGAGGAGCUCUCCGACGAGGAGCCCAAGAAGACCGUCGUUGAGGAGCACGACGACGACAGCUCCGACUCCGAGGUUGAGGCUGGCCCUUCCGGCUCUUCCACCGUCAUCCACUCUCGCAACGAGAAGAAGGCUCGCAAGGCCAUCGAGAAGCUGCACCUCCAGCGCAUCCCUGGCAUCACCCGUGUCACCCUCCGCCGGCCGAAGAACAUUCUCUUCGUCAUCAACAGCCCCGAGGUCUACAAGUCCCCCAACUCCAACACCUACAUCGUCUUCGGUGAGGCCAAGAUUGAGGACCUGAACUCCGCCGCCCAGCAGGCUGCUGCUCAGCAGCUCGCCGCUGCCGGUGCCGAGCACGACCACUCUGGCCACGACCACAGCCACGACCACGCUGACGAGGACGAGGACGAUGAUGAGGAGGUCGAUGCUGAGGGACUCGAGGAUAAGGACAUCGAGCUCGUCAUGACCCAGGCUGGUGUCUCUCGCAGCAAGGCCGUCAAGGCUCUGAAAGAGAACGACAACGACAUAGUCAACUCCAUCAUGGCUUUGAGCGUGUAAGCGUUGCUGUGAUAGGGGCGGGCAGGGGACGAGUGACUGGUCCCAUCGAGCGCGUCGUCAAAACCCAGGCUGUAUGGUCAAGAAGAUCGGAGGUGAUUUGUUCGAUCGCUAAUCUGAGCCUGGGAAGGCCAAUCUCGCGGCCGGUUUACCAAAAAGCAAAUACAAAAGCUGCCCCAUAGUGGGAUUGUGCAACUAGCCAGGACCUUCCAUGCGAAAGUAGUGUUGUGUUC